AUGGCCGCUGCAGCCACCGCCGCGCCUCGCGGUCUUCAACCAAACUCAUCCUUGCCGGCCAAGUAUGCUGACUCCAGCAGUCUCUAUGUCACGAAUCUCCCCUCUUCGAAAAUCCAGAAAGACGAUCUACGAACCGCUCUGUACUUGCUCUUCUCCACAUACGGGCCUGUACUAGAUGUUGUCGCCCUCAAGACGAUGAAGAUGCGCGGUCAGGCUCACAUUACGUUCCGAGACGUUCAGUCUGCUACACAGGCUAUGAGAUCUCUCGAGGGACAGACAUUCCUCGGUCGCGACAUGAAAAUACAAUAUGCCAAGUCAAAGUCCGACUUUGUGGCCAAGCUUGAUGGUACAUUCAAGAUCCCUACCGUCGCAGGUGCCGCCAACGUCGAGCAGACCGAACUGCAACAAAGCAUCUUCAACGCACCCCCUCUUGGAGCAGCACCCGCGCCUGGCUCUGGUCUUCCUGCGAAGCCUGCUGCGAAUGCGGAUCAUGAUAUGGAAGACGCCGAUACACCGGGUGGCCGAGGACAGAAGCGAACCCGCGACGAUGAGGAUAGUGAUUCGGACGUGGCCAUGGAAGAGGACAGCGACGAUGAUUGA